AUGUUGUGACCUGACGUCACCGGGCGAGUUACCUCCCGGAGCCGCAGCCGCUGGGCUCAGCGCGAACCCCGGAGCCCUUCAACGCGAGGCGAGGAGCCCCCGGAGCCCCCGAACCGCAGCCACAUCCCGGCGACGCGCACCCCGAAGCCCCAGCCUGCGCGCCCCGCCGGGCCCGCGCGAUGCCCUCGGACCGGCCUUUCAAGCAGCGGCGGAGCUUCGCCGACCGCUGUAAGGAGGUCCAGCAGAUCCGCGACCAGCACCCCAGCAAGAUCCCGGUGAUCAUCGAGCGUUACAAGGGUGAGAAGCAGCUGCCCGUCCUGGAUAAGACCAAGUUUCUGGUCCCCGACCACGUCAACAUGAGUGAACUGGUCAAGAUCAUCAGGCGCCGCCUGCAGCUGAACCCCACGCAGGCCUUCUUCCUGCUGGUGAACCAACACAGCAUGGUGAGCGUGUCCACACCCAUCGCAGACAUCUACGAGCAGGAGAAGGACGAGGAUGGCUUCCUCUACAUGGUCUACGCCUCCCAAGAAACCUUCGGCUUCUGAGCCUGCAGUAGGGGGAAAGGGGUUUAGCCUGGGAGUUGGGGGGGCCGGUCAGGCUCUGCCCAGGGAGCCCCUGUCUCUUGAACUGAGUAGCCUCUGGCCCUGGUGGGCUGGGCAGGGAUGUGACCACCAACCGUGCCUGCUCUGCCCCUGGGUGGAUCCUGGGCCAGUCACUUUAGGGUUGCCCCUCUGGGUGCUGCCUGGGAUGGGGGAGAGUGGGAAGCAAUGCCCCGCAUCCCUGCUCUGUGCAGUUUGUCUUUUUUUUUUAGGCCCCUGCCUGUCUGCCCAUCUGUCCCUCACCCACAUGAGGCGCUGCCCCCUGCCUGGACCUGCUUACCCCUAAGGAGUGGCCCCCCGGCUCCCCGGGUCUUGACAUGGUGUAUAGAUCUGUGGUUACUGUCCCUCUGCAGAAUAAAGAUUGCUCAGGCCUGCCUGGC